CCCCCUGUUGAACGGGAAACACAGGCAGUCUGUGAGGUUUGGACGGCCCUUUGGAUGCCGAAGCGGGGAGGGGGCUGGAAGAAAGCUGCUGCGGAUAUCCGUCUUUAAAUACCUGCCACAAACAAACCUAAAAAAGGGGGGUCUUUGCGUUCGUCUGGUUUCUUUUUUUCCUGUCCCUUCCCUGCUUACGGUUUUUUUCUCUCUCUCGCUGAAAAGAGAGUCUGGUUUCGUAACGUGCUGCUGCUUCCAGUGCAGCGCGGAGGAGAAAGAGGGGGAAAAAAAAGAUUUAUAUUUUUUUCCCAGAGAUGCGGAUUUAAAGGAGAGACUUAUCAGUGUCACCUGGGAAAUUUGUAACCGUCAUUUUUGAAAUUAGCGUAGCCGCGCGCGUGCUAGGAGACGACGACGUAUUUAUUUGUAUUUGUUGUUUUUUGUUUCUUUCAUUCCCGUUGAACUCUCCGAUAUAGUGACGCUACAGAAAAAUACCAGACUGCCUUUUUUAUUUUUUUACAAGAAGACGGAGUAAUAAAGAGAUUGAAUGCGUUUUCCCCAAGCCUCGACACCAUGAGCACAAUCUCACCAACAGAUUUUGACAGCUUGGAGAUCCAGCAGCAAUACAACGACAUCAAUAAUCGCUGGGACCUGGCGGCAGAGACAGACUGGGACAAUGAGAACAGUUCGGCACGUCUCUUUGAACGCUCUCGCAUUAAAGCGCUCGCAGAUGAGCGUGAAGCCGUGCAGAAGAAAACAUUCACCAAAUGGGUAAACUCUCACUUGGGUCGGGUGACUUGUCGCAUUGGUGACUUGUACACAGAUCUGCGGGAUGGCCGCAUGUUAAUCCGCCUUCUAGAAGUCCUCUCAGGAGAACAGCUGCCAAAACCCACUAAGGGCCGCAUGCGUAUCCACUGCCUCGAGAAUGUUGACAAAGCUCUGCAGUUUCUCAAGGAGCAAAAGGUCCAUCUAGAAAACAUGGGAUCCCAUGACAUAGUGGAUGGAAAUCACCGUCUCACCUUAGGCCUCAUAUGGACUAUAAUCCUCCGCUUUCAGAUCCAAGACAUCAGUGUGGAAACGGAAGACAACAAAGAGAAAAAGUCAGCCAAAGAUGCCCUUCUGCUUUGGUGCCAAAUGAAAACAGCAGGAUAUCCUAAUGUCAACAUCCACAACUUCACUACCAGCUGGAGAGAUGGCCUGGCGUUCAAUGCCAUCGUGCACAAACACAGGCCUGACUUGAUUGAGUUUGACAACCUGAAAAGGUCCAAUGCUCACUACAAUCUCCAGAAUGCUUUUAAUGUGGCGGAGAAGGAAAUGGGCCUCACUAAACUAUUGGACCCAGAAGAUGUUAAUGUUGAUCAGCCAGAUGAGAAGUCAAUCAUCACGUAUGUGGCGACCUAUUAUCAUUACUUCUCUAAGAUGAAAGCUCUGGCAGUGGAGGGAAAACGAAUUGGAAAGGUACUCGAUUACGCCAUUGAGGCUGACCAACUGAUAGAGAAGUACGAGACCCUGGCAUCAGAGCUGCUGCAAUGGAUUGAGCAGACCAUACUGACACUUAAUGAUCGGCAGCUGGCUAAUUCUCUGAGUGCUGUUCAGAACCAGCUUCAGGCCUUCAACUCCUACCGGACAGUGGAGAAACCCCCUAAAUUUACAGAAAAGGGGAACCUGGAGGUUCUUCUCUUUACCAUACAAAGCAAAAUGAGAGCGAAUAAUCAGAAAGUUUACAUGCCAAAAGAAGGCAAACUCAUCUCUGAUAUAAAUAAGGCUUGGGAACGACUGGAAAAGGCUGAACAUGAGCGUGAGCUUGCACUAAGAAACGAGUUGAUUCGCCAAGAAAAACUGGAGAUGCUGGCGGCUCGCUUUGACAGAAAAGCAGCAAUGAGGGAGACGUGGCUGAGUGAGAACCAGAGAUUGGUGUCUCAGGAUAAUUUUGGGACUGAUUUGGGAGCAGUAGAAGCUGCCACCCGUAAACACGAAGCAAUUGAGACAGACAUUGGUGCAUACUGGGAGCGGGUUGCUGCUGUGGAGGCUGUUGCCAAAGAACUGGAAGCAGAGAAAUAUCAUGAUGUGCGUCGCAUACUGGCACGACGGGAUAACGUCCUUCGACUUUGGGAAUAUCUCAAGGAACUUCUGGCUGCCCGCAGGGAGCGUCUGAACUCCCAUCGAGACCUACAAAGAUUGUUUCAGGAGAUGCGUUACAUUAUGGACUGGAUGGCCGACGAAAAGGGUCGCCUGCAGUCCCAGGAUAGUGGCAAACAUUUGCAUGAUGUGUUGGAUCUGCUGCAAAAACACAAUUUGGUAGAGGCUGACAUUUCAGCUCAGGCAGAGAGGAUAAAAGUGGUGCAAGGAGCCGCCAAACGUUUCACCUCCUACGACCAGGCUUACAAACCUUGUGAACCUGGUCUUGUUAGUGAGAAGGUCGAUCUGCUGGGUCAAGCUUAUGAGGAGCUUGGCCAGCUUGCGGCGACGCGUCGAGAGUGUUUGGAGGAUUCACGUCGACUGUGGCAGUUCAUGUGGGAUCUUGGUGAGGAGGCGGCCUGGAUCAGGGAGCAGGAGCAGAUUCUGGCCAGUGGGGACAGCGGCCGUGACCUCUCGUCUGCUCUUCAUCUACUGAGUAAGCAUGAGGCCUUCAGGGACGAGAUGGCCGCUCGCUACGGUCCCCUUAGCAACAGCAUCGCUGCCGGAGAAGCUUUGAUUGAAGAAGGACACUUUGGAGCCCCGGAAAUCACGGAAAGGAUCCAAGACAUCCGUGGACAGUGGGCUCAUCUGGAGGAGACAACAAAGCUCAGAGAGCAGAGUCUGAAGGAAUCUGUGGCUCUGCACCAGUUUCAAACUGAUGCCAACGACAUGGAGGCCUGGAUUAUGGAGACGCUUAGACAAGUGUCCAGUCAAGAGGUUGGCCACGAUGAGUUCUCCACCCAAACGUUAGCUCGCAAACAGAGAGAAAUUGAAGAGGAGAUCCAAAGCCACCGGCCCCUUAUUGACUCGCUCCAUGAGCAGGCCCAAGCACUGCCAGAGGCAUACAUUCACUUCCCCGAAGUGGAGGGACGUCUUCCUGCUAUUGAGCAGCGCUACGAAGAGCUGGAGUCUCUGUCAGCAGCUCGGCGACAGGCUCUGGAAGGCGCUCUGGCGCUUUAUCGCAUGUUCAGCGAAGCCGACGCCUGCCAGCUGUGGGUGGAAGAGAAGGAGCAGUGGCUGGACAGCAUGGAGAUCCCUACCAAGCUGGAAGACCUGGAGGUUGUGCAACAAAGGUUUGACACCCUAGAGCCUGAGAUGAACAACCUGGGUACUCGGGUCACUGAUGUGAAUCAAGUGGCUGAGCAGCUGCUGAGCUCAGACAACUGCAGCAAAGACCAAAUCCACCAGACAAGAGACCAGCUAAACAACAUAUGGAAAGAGUUUGAGAAGCUGGCUGGCCAAAAGAAACAGGCCCUGGAAUCUGCUCUUAACAUCCAGAACUACCACCUGGAGUGUAACGAGAGCCAGACGUGGAUGAAGGAAAAAACCAAAGUGAUUGAAUCCACGCAGAGCUUGGGCAACGACCUGGCUGGAGUGAUGGCGCUUCAACGCAAGCUAACUGGCAUGGAGAGGGACCUCGAGGCUAUUCAGGGUAAGUUGGAUGAUUUGACAAAGGAGGCAGAAAAACUCGCCAGUGAACAUCCAGAUCAAGCUGGAGAAAUCCAAGGUCGCCUGGCUGAGAUUCAGGAGGUGUGGGAGGAGUUGAAUGCCACCAUGAAGCGACGGGAGGAGUCACUGGGAGAAGCCAGCAAACUUCAGGGUUUCCUCAGGGACCUGGAUGACUUCCAGUCCUGGCUGUCCCGCACUCAGACCGCAGUGGCCUCAGAAGACAUCCCCACUUCCCUGCCUGAGGCUGAGAGUUUGCUCGCCCAGCAUGAGAGCAUCAAGAACGAAGUUGACAACUACAAGGAGGAUUAUGAGAAGAUGCGAGCGGUUGGCGAGGAAGUGACCCAAGGUCAGACGGACGCCCAGUACAUGUUUUUGGCCCAGAGGCUUCAGGCGCUGGACACUGGGUGGCAUGAGCUGCGACGCAUGUGGGAGAACCGCCACAGUCUUCUGGCCCAGGCCUUUGAUUUCCAGACUUUCCUUAGAGAUGCCAAGCAAGCUGAAGCUUUUCUCAACAGCCAGGAGUACGUGUUGUCCCACACAGAGAUGCCCACCAAUCUUCAGGCUGCAGAGGAGGCCAUUAAGAAGCACGAGGAUUUCCUCACCACCACAGAGGCCAGCGAGGAGAAGAUAACGGGUGUGGUGGAAGCUGGACGUCGCCUUAUUAAUGACUCCAAUGCAAACGCAGAUAAAAUUCAAGAAAAAGUUGAUUCAAUCCAGGAAAGACAUUGUAAAAAUAAGGAGGCUGCAAAUGAACUGCUUUCAAAGCUUAAAGAUAACUGUGAACUUCAGCGCUUCCUGCAAGAUGGGCAGGAGCUGACUUCGUGGAUCAACGAGAAGAUGCUGACAGCACAGGACAUGACUUAUGAUGAAGCUCGAAAUCUUCACAGCAAAUGGCAGAAACACCAGGCCUUCAUGGCAGAGCUGGCCUCCAACAAAGACUGGCUGGAUAAGAUUGACAAGGAGGGUCAAGCGCUGGUGGCGGAGAAGCCUGAGCUGAAGCCGGUGGUUCAGCAGACGCUGGAGGACCUGCAGCGUCAGUGGGAGGAGCUGGAGAGCACGACCCGGACCAAGGACCAGUGCUUGUUUGAAGCCCACAGAGCGGAGAUAUUUACACAGAGCUGCUCCGCUCUGGAUGACUGGCUGAAAAAUAUCGAGACCCAGCUGCACAGUGACGACUAUGGAAAAGAUUUGACCAGCGUCAACAUCCUCCUUAAAAAGCACCAGAUGUUAGAGCAUCAGAUGGAGGUCAGAGAGAAAGAGGUGCAGUCCCUACAAAGUCAGGCUGUUGCUCUGUCCCAGGAGGAUGCAGGGUUGGCUGAGGUAGACGGGCAGCAGAAGCGAGUCAUUGACAGUUUUUCUAGCCUCCAAGACCCUCUUAACCUGAGGAGACAGCAGCUGCUGGCCUCUAAAGAAGCACAUCAGUUCAACAGAGACUUGGAAGAUGAAAUUCUUUGGGUAAAAGAACGGAUGCCUCUGGCAACUUCCACAGAUCAUGGAAAAGACUUGCCAACUGUGCAGCUGUUAAUCAAAAAGAACCAGACGUUGCAGAAAGAGAUCCAGGGCCACCAACCUCGCAUCGAUGACAUCCACCGUCGAGGAGAGGCUCAGAGCCAGGUGGACGGCGACAGGCAGUCGCUGCUGAAGGAACGUCUCGCUGAGCUCAGGGAUCUCUGGGACCAGCUGAUCGCAGAGACGGACAAGCGUCACGACCGGCUGAUAGAGGCCAAUCGCGCACAGCAGUUCUAUGCUGAUGUGGCUGAAGCAGAAGCCUGGAUGGGGGAGCAGGAGCUUCACAUGAUGUCAGAGGAAAAAGCAAAGGAUGAGCAAAGUGCUCUGGCAAUGGUCAAGAAACACCAGAUCCUAGAACAGGCCCUGGAGGACUACGCCCAGACCAUCCACCAGCUGGCCAACAGCAGUCGUCUCAUGGUCACCAGCGAGCACCCAGAGAGUGAAAGAAUCACCUUGCGACAAGCCCAGGUAGACAAGCUGUACGCCGGCCUCAAAGACCUGGCAGAGGAGCGCCGCGGGCGUCUUCAGGAACGGCUGCGGCUGACCCAGCUGAAGCGAGAGGUAGAUGACUUGGAGCAAUGGAUCGCUGAGAGGGAGGUGGUCGCCGGCUCCCAUGAACUGGGACAAGACUAUGAACAUGUCACGAUGCUGAGGGACAAGUUUCGUGAGUUUGCUCGUGACACCAGCACCAUCGGCCAGGAGCGCGUAGACGGCGUGAACGCGUUAGCAGAUGACCUCAUCGAGUCCGGUCACCCUGAGAACGCCAGCGUGGCAGAAUGGAAGGACGGUCUAAAUGAGGCCUGGGCUGACCUACUAGAGCUUAUUGACACACGCACGCAAAUGUUAGCCGCCUCCUAUGAGCUGCACAGGUUCCAUCAAGAUGCUAUGGAGGUACUUGGACGUAUCAAGGAGAAGAAGGAGGCGGUGCCUUCAGACCUUGGCCGGGAUCUAAACACGGUCCAGCAUCUCCACAGACAGCACAACACUUUUGAAAAUGACAUCCAGGCCCUGAGCGGACAAGUGAACCAGGUGCAGGAUGAUGCAGCACGUCUGCAGAAGGCCUACGCUGGUGAAAAAGCAGAUGACAUUCAAAAAAGUGAAACGGCCGUGACGACUGCCUGGCAGGGGCUGCUGGAGGCCGGCAAAGCCCGCAGGCUCCUCCUGCUGGACACAGUGGAGAAGUUCCGCUUCUUGAACAUGGUGCGAGACCUCAUGCUCUGGAUGGACGGCAUCAACGUGCAGAUUGACGCACAUGAAAGUCCGAGGGAUGUAUCAUCUGCUGAGUUAGUCAUCGUCAAUCAUAAGGGCAUCAAAUCGGAGAUUGAGACCAGAGCAGACAGCUUCACUGCCUCCACCAAGAUGGGAAAUGACCUCAUCAACAAGAACCAUUAUGCAUCUGACGAGAUCCGAGAGAAAAUGGCUCAGCUCCAGGGAAAAAAAGAUGAGAUCAACAGCAAGUGGCAGGAGAAGAUGGACCAUUUACAAAUUGUGCUGGAGGUGCUGCAGUUUGGACGAGACGCCAACGUGGCAGAGUCAUGGCUGGCAGGGCAAGAACCUCUUGUCCGAGCGGCGGAGCUUGGUGCUAACGUUGACGAGGUUGAGAGCCUCAUUAAGCGCCACGAAGCCUUCGAGAAACUCGCUGCAGCUUGGGAAGAACGCUUUGUGCAGCUCGAAAAACUUACCACACUGGAGGAGCAUGAAAUGCAGAGGAGGCGAGAAGAAGAAGAGAGAGCACGGCGACCUCCUACUCCUCCGCCUGUAGAAGAGGUGGUGCCGUCUGAGCCAGAUAGUCAGCCACAUGAUUCAGCAGCAAGAACAAGUCUGGACCAGACGACACUUAAUCAAUCGGCGUCUGUAAAUGGAGUGCACAGCGAUAAUGACACGUCUCAGUCUUUAUCGCUGCCGUUGUCAGUGGGAAAGAAAUCAGAGCCUAAACGUGUGCGUAAGCCCAAACAGCAGGAGCGUGGCUCAGAGUCCGAUUCGGUCAAUGGACCCGGUAGAGACAGCGGCCUGGCGUCCUCUCGCCUUGACCCGUCUGCCACGUUACCGAGCAGAGGCGGUGCCGACUCCGAGCCAGAAGCCAUGGAGGGCAUCCUCUGCCGAAAACAGGAAAUGGAGUCCCACAACAAAAAGGCAGCUACCAGAUCCUGGCAGAACGUGUACUGCGUUCUUAGAAAAGGAAGUCUGGGUUUUUAUAAAGAUAGCAAGAGUGCCAGUAGUGGCAUUCCAUACCAUGGAGAGGUUCCCAUUGGGCUGGAUGGCUCUGUGUGUGAAGUAGCCCACGACUAUAAAAAGAGGAAACAUGUAUUCAAGCUCAGGCUAGCAGAUGGGAAAGAGUUUCUGUUCCAAGCCAAGGAUGAGGUGGAAAUGAGUUCCUGGAUUCAGUCCAUCGUUGGCACCAUCCCAUCCGGAUCAGGGGACUCGCCGGGAGCACCCCGACUCAGCCGCGCCAUGACGAUGCCCCCCAUCUCGCCAAGCUCAGGAGAAGGCGUAACCAUGCGCAACAAAGAGGGAAAAGAGAAGGAUCGUGAGAAGAGAUUCAGCUUCUUUGGCAAGAAGAAAUAGGACAUUUGUAAAUGGCAACAUCCAAAAUCUAAAAAAUUCCACAGACUGAGGCAGGCGGACGGAAAGGUACACACAGGUCAGACAGACGCACUGCUCUCCAUGCAGGACCCAAGGAAUUGCCAACAGAUCUGUCACUUGGGACUCUUCAAUCCUUUUUGACUUCCUUUUCUGUUUGUCUCCCUCAGCGUUUUAAUUUCUUGUUUACUUUAUUUUCUUCCAAUCUAUUCUUACUAUUCACAUUUAUCCCCCAAACUAGCGUCAGACAAGCUUGUUAGUCUGAGUCGGUAACAUCAGCUGGAUUGGACAGGUCAGACGACUGAAGCGGCUCGUCCUCUGCAAGAAUCGUCUCACAGUGACUCCAGGAAAACUACUAAUUGUGUUUGUUUUUUUUCCCACUCCUCACAAGCGUUCUCUUCUGGGGGGGCGAUAACAUAUGUUUGUUUUUAUGUUGAUGUUAGUAACUUGAUUAAUAUUAUUAUUAAUAUUUAUCUUUUGCAAUGUAUGGUUUGAGAAGAAAACUAAUUAGUUGAUGACCUUGAUUUAUGUUAUGGAGAGAAACAAAUUUGGUUCAACUAGUGGAGAAUGUUGGUCUUGCCCUUGUAUUUUUUCUCUUUAGGAAAGAACAUUUAUGAGGUGUUUUGAAACAAAAAUAAAGCUCGAGUUUUA